CUCUCUCCAGGAUCUGAGGAUGAUGAGGGGCAUGACAGCUCUACCCGGGAGAACCUCGGCCGAAUCCAGUUCAGCGUUGGUUACAGUUUUCAGGAAUCUACCCUGACUGUCAAAAUAUUGAAAGCUCAGGAGCUGCCAGCCAAGGAUUUCAGUGGUACCAGUGAUCCUUUUGUCAAAAUUUACCUCCUGCCAGAUAAAAAACAUAAGCUAGAGACAAAAGUGAAAAGGAAGAACUUAAACCCACAUUGGAAUGAGACCUUUCUCUUUGAAGGUUUCCCUUAUGAGAAAGUGGUACAGCGGGUCCUCUAUCUGCAGGUCCUGGAUUAUGAUCGAUUCAGCCGUAAUGAUCCCAUCGGGGAAGUCUCUCUUCCCCUCAACAAGCUGGACUUGACCCAGAUGCAGACCUUCUGGAAAGAACUAAAGCCCUGCAGCGAUGGAAGUGGAAGCCGAGGAGAGCUACUUCUGUCACUUUGCUACAACCCUUCUGCUAAUUCUAUUGUAGUGAAUAUUAUAAAAGCUCGGAAUCUUAAAGCCAUGGACAUUGGGGGAACAUCAGACCCCUAUGUGAAGGUGUGGUUGAUGUACAAAGACAAGAGGGUGGAAAAAAAGAAGACAGUUGUGAUGAAGCGGUGCCUGAACCCUGUCUUCAAUGAGUCCUUCAUCUUUGACAUCCCCACAGAGAAACUGAGGGAGACAACCAUUAUCAUCACUGUCAUGGAUAAGGACAAGCUCAGCCGGAAUGAUGUAAUUGGAAAGAUCUACCUGUCGUGGAAGAGUGGCCCAGGCGAGGUGAAGCACUGGAAGGAUAUGAUUGCACACCCCCGACAGGCUGUGGCACAGUGGCACCAGCUGAAGGCCUGAGAGGCAGAGGCAGAGCUGCUCUGGAUUUCAGUGCACCCAGUCAACGUUUAUUGGCCACAUUCUCACUUCUUUUUGCACAACAGCUGCACCC